AUGUUACGGGCAGAAGAAGCAUAUAUAGAGGAUAUACUGUAUGGAUAUGGGGACGAGGGCUGGCUGGAUGGUGACGACGACGAGGAUAUGCUCACUGAUGAGGAAGUCCAAGAUGCUGAACUGGAAUGUGGGUUGACGACUCGUGAGCUCAUGGACAUCCUCUCGAGGGACAUCACUACGGACGAUUAUGAUACGUUGUUGAAAUUGGACGAUCGGGUGCCACCAAAGACGGCUAAAGCAGAAUUCAUCACCAAUUUGAGAGUCCUAUCGAGAGCCGAGGUCAUGGCCCUGGUCACUGCCUCUGGUCCUCCUGAGAAGUGUAUGCCUCUGCCCACUCUUGGAAGCAGUUGA